AUGAGUUAGUCUCCCAUAGUCUUCACGAAUAAACCCUCUAAGCCUCAUCCUUUGGAUGAUAGUGUUUGGAGAUGGGGAACUGUUUUGCCUAAACUACCCCAAAAGGAUCUUAAACCGGAAAUCAAAAGUGAACCGCAGUACUUCUAAAAUAAUUAGCUCGAGGAUAGUUAAACAAUCAAUAAUUAUACAGUUAGAUCAGCAGUAUUGCGUGAAGUAACCAUUUUCAAUUCCAAUUUUAGGAAACUGACUAUAUAGAAGUGGACUGGAAUGCAUUCCAACUUAUCUCUUUUGAAUGA